AAAGUUUGCAUUUUUGUAACAUUGCAGUGAGAGACACAAUCACAAACGACAAACCUCUCUAUUUCUCUCUACACAACAACACAGCCAUGCCUAGGAAGAAGAUGAGAGGAACAAGGAACCAGAAAAGGAAAACCAGGUUGGAUGACGAUGCGAAUGUUUCUCACUCUGAGUCAACUACCAACAUGAACAAGUCUGAGUCUUGGGAAUGUCCUGUCUCUGCUAAAAAGAAUUUAAUUCCAAACUUGACGACAACUUUUAAUCGCCGCCGCACCUUGAGAUCCUCUACGAGGCCUGAUGAAACUGGAACAUCAUCUCUGCGAAGAUCCUCAAGAAGACAUUCUUCUGCCCCUAUUGACAUCCAACAACUUGAUGAUACAUCCAAGUCCAACACUAUGAAUUCUGCACAUCAAGUUUCAGAAGGUUCGGAUCAAGUAGAAAUACAAUCCCCUUCGAGAUACUUAGUAUCAGUUGCUUAUCCUCACGACGACGAACCAGAGUUGGGACAUAAAGAGGCUGUAAAUGUUGAAAAUUCAACACGGGCUGAACCGAAUAUGGAGGAAUUUGGUGAGGCUGAACCGAAUAUGGAGGAAGUUGAUGAGGCUGAACCAAAUAAUAUGAUGGAGAAAGUUGGUGAGGCUGAACCAAAUAUGAGGGAGGAAGUUGGUGAGGCUGAACCGAAUACCAUGGAGGAAGCUGGUGAGACUGAACCAAAUAAUAUGAUGGAGGAAGUCGGUGGUGAGGCUGAACCAAAUAUGAUGGAGGAAGCAGUUGAUGCUGAACCAAAUACGAUGGCAGAAGAAGGUGAAGGUGAGGCUGAAAAAUCAAUGUCCAAUCAUGCUGAAAAAAAGACAUUUGAAAAAGAAAGUAUCCCUCUUGAGCAGGAGUCUAUGGCAGGUGGAAUAACUAAUAAGAAUCAAAGGAAGUGUAAUUCAAGAGUUGGAUGUUCAUCUCCAUUUCGUAGUCUCAAACUAACUGAAAUGGUUGAGAUGGUGGGAAUGGAAGAUGAUGAGGAGGAGGAAGUACAAAGCCAUCCAGAGGACCCCGUUAAAAGAUAUAAAGUGAAGGAAGAACUCAUGCCGAUAUUAAUUAAAAUUAUCGGCAAGUAUGGGGAUAUUGCUAAGAAUUGUGUGAUGGAAUCUGUGGAAUACCGUUCAUUGUUGUUGGAGAUGAUCUGUCGAAUCAUAUCAGAGUUCGAAAAGAAGGAUCUUAGCAAAAUCAAAGAAGGUGUCUUGAAAAAAAGGAUUGAUUUUGUUGAUGGAAUAAAGAAAAUGAAUGUGGAGGUUGAAUGGCUUCUUGCGAGGCUAAUUGACGUCCUUGAGGCAAGGGAGCUUCUUAUGCAAUCUGGCGUGCUGAAAGAGAAAACAGACCAGAAUAAGAAGCUCAUUCAAGAGUCUGAAAGUGCAUUGGAAAAAUUUCAAGCACGGAAGAAAGAAUUGGAGGAAGAGCUGAAAGCAGUAUGUGAUGGAGAAGCUGCUUGCAAAGAGAAUUUGGCCAGAGCAAAGAAUGAUUCUGUCACAAUAACUCGAAUAGUCGGGUUUGCUAAAUCUAAAGUCCAGCGCUUUCUGCAUUGCUCAGUGGUGGAUGGUUUGAUUUAGCGUUGCAAUUUCUGCAUUGCUUAGUGCAUUUAUAACUAUUUUGAUUUUAAGACACUGUUGUUUCCUAACUUAUGCGUGACUUUAGCAAUUACUGAUUGAAUUUAGUUGCAAGUAUGUAAGAUUAUUGCAUAGUUAUUUGAAUUUCCAUAUGAAUCUUCCUUAUAUAUUUACUUCUU